AUGGAUGGUUGUACUGCAGGCGCUCUUGGUUUAUUACUUGUCGCAUAUGUAUUACAUUCACAUUCUCAUGGUACCAAAGGAUAUGCACCUACAUUUUUACUAAUGGCUCUUUCGUACGCAAUUUUCAAUUUAAGCGCUUGGAGUGGAAUAACAAAUGAAACUACCUAUUUUAUUACAUCUACCAGUACCAAAAAACCAGAAAUUAUAACCACAAGAAGUGUUCAGAAACAUCAAAAGAUUAUUACCUCUAAAUCAAUGCAAACUUCAUUAGCAUUCACUACCGGGAAGGAGAUAUCCAAUUAUGUUACGAAUUCUUCACUUCCAAAUACUCAAGUGAUGAAAACAGAUAAGAAAGAAGUGCAAAUGGAUGGUCUAAAUAUCUUUGAAACCUCGGAAAAAGUAAAUGCAUUGCCAUCGCUGUUACUUGGAAAAAUUAGUUCAGAAAUGUUUAUUACUGUUUGA